AUGAAAGGAACGAAAUUGGUGGUGUGUGCCAGUCAAUGUUUUCAGAGAAAGUUGCUAUUGCCGCAGAGAUUAAGUCGAGGAUUGGCGUCAGAGGCACCAAAGACGAAAACUGCAAAAGGAGCUCGUCAAAGUGCUUCAUUUACACUUAACUUGUUCCGUGGGCAGAUAGAGACAGCACAAGUGUUUCCUUUUCCAGAGCCCCUUACUGAGGAACAGUUACAAACACUGAAAGAACUUGUGCCACCAGUUGAAAAGUUUUUUCAAGAGGUAAACGACCCGGCGAAGAACGAUGCAGACGCGCAGAUCGAGGAUAAAACGCUGUCGGGGCUGUGGGAGCUGGGCGCGUUUGGGCUACAGGUGCCGUGCGAGCUGGGUGGGCUAGGGCUCAACAACACGCAGUACGCGCGCCUCGUAGAGGUGGUGGGCGCGCAUGACCUGGGCGUGGGCAUCACGCUGGGCGCGCACCAGUCCAUCGGCUUCAAGGGCAUCCUGUUGUUCGGCAGCGAGGAGCAGCGCACGCACUACCUGCCGCGCGUCACGGCCGGGGAGUACGCCGCCUUCUGCCUCACCGAGCCCUCCUCGGGCUCCGACGCUGGCUCCAUCAAAACGCGUGCUGUACUGUCACCGGACGGGAAGCAUUAUAUACUCAACGGCUCCAAGAUCUGGAUCAGCAAUGGUGGCAUUGCCGAGAUCAUGACCGUGUUUGCCCAGACGCCGGUUGAGAAAGAUGGCAAGACUAUAGAUAAAGUGACCGCGUUCAUAGUGGAGCGGGGCUUUGGCGGCGUGUCGUCGGGCCCGCCCGAGAACAAGAUGGGCAUCCGCUGCUCCAACACCACCGAGGUGUACUUCGAGGACGUGCGCGUGCCCGUGGCCAACGUGCUGGGCGGCCUGGGCAACGGCUUCAAGGUGGCCAUGAACAUCCUCAACAACGGUCGCUUCGGCAUGGCGGCCGCGCUGGCGGGCACUCAGCGCGCUGCGCUCCGAGUCGCCGCCGAGCACGCCGCCACGCGCGUGCAGUUCGGACGCCGCUUGCAGGACUUCGCCGGCGUGCAGGAGAAAUUAGCGCGCAUGGCCAUGUUGCAGUACGUGACCGAGUCGCUGGCCUACAUGGUUAGUGGCAACAUGGACUCCGGUGCACAGGACUACCACCUUGAGGCCGCCAUAUCUAAGGUGUUCGCGUCAGACUCCGCGUGGGCGGUGGUGGACGAGGCGAUUCAGAUCCUGGGCGGCAUGGGCUACAUGAAGGCCACCGGGCUGGAGCGUGUCUUGCGCGAUCUGCGCAUCUUUCGCAUCUUCGAGGGCACCAACGACAUUUUGCGGCUCUUCGUAGCGCUUACUGGCAUCCAGUUCGCGGGGUCGCACCUGCAGGAGCUGCAGCGCGCGUUCAAGAACCCGACGGCGAACCUUGGGUUGAUCUUCAGCGAGGCGGGGCGGCGGGCGGGGCGCGCGGUGGGGCUGGCGGCCAGCGGCGGCCUGGAGGCGCUCGUGGCGCCCGCGCUGGCGCCGGUGGCGCGCGAGCUGGCGCGCGGCGCGGCCGAGCUCGGCGCCGGCGUGGAGGCCGCGCUGCGCCGCCACGGCCGCGACGUCGUGGACCAGCAGCAGCUGCUCAACCGCCUGGCGGCCGCCGCCAUCGACGGCUACACCACGGCCGCCGCGCUCUCGCGGGCCUCGCGCGCCGUCAGCAAGGCGCUGCCCAGCGCUGAACACGAGGUGCGCAUGGCGGAGGCGUGGGGCGAGGAGGCGACGCAGCGCAUGCUGGCGCUGGGCGGGGCGCUGGGCGCGCGCGCCGCGCGGCUCGACGAGCGGCUCGCCGAGCUCGGCCGCCGCGUGGCCGCCGCGCCCGCCGGCCUCGCGCGCUCGCCUCUCAACAUAUAG